AUGGCAGAGUCUGGCAGGGGACUGGUAGCGGUUACGGGCGCAAAUGGAACCAUUGGAUACGCAUGCGUCGCAUACGCUCUGCAGACUGGAUAUCGAGUCCGAUGUAUUGUACGACGUGAAGAUGCGAUUGCGACGAUCAAGUCAGGACCUUCUGUGCAACCACACCUCGACCAUCUCGAGUUUGCCGUAGUCCCCGACAACACAGUCCAAGAUGCAUACAACAAAGCCUUUGCGGACGUCAAAUACGUCGUCCACAUCGCAGGAGUAUGGCCGCUCCCGACCCUGCACCCCGACAACGAGAUCUACCACCCCUUCAUCCAGUCCAUGAAGAACGUCCUCUCCGCCGCCAAAGCCGCAGGAACAGUAUCGCGCAUCGUCUUCACGCAAGCCGGCGCCGGCCUGGUCGACUCGGAGGUCGGCGACACGUAUGGCCGCGGCAUGACCCAGGUGCUCGACGAGCAUGUCAAAGUCAACGCCGAAUCACUCACCUACCAGCCGCCGCUCACCAGCCCGCACCAGGCCUACUGCGCCGCGAAGGCGCAGUGCAUAGACUACCUGGACCAGUUGCGUGUCAGCAAGACGGCGCCGUACUCGAUCGUGCAGGUCAUUCCUGGUACGGUGAUAGGGACGUCGGAGUUUGUCGAGACGGCUGAGCAGGCGAAGAAGUACAUGGACCGGCAGACGAGAGCGUUGGUUUUUGAUGACAAUACGCCGCGGUAUGCGUUCGGAUUUGUGCACGUCCAAGACUGUGCGAGAGUGCAUAUCGAGGCCCUUGAUCAGCAGAAGGUUGCGGAUGCGGAUGUGCCGCAUAGGUAUGUGGCUGCUGCGACGACGGAGGAGGGGUUAGACGGAGACCAGAUCUGGGCCAAAGCGGUGGGUAUGGUGCGGAGAGAGUUUGCUUCUGAGAUUGGGAAAGGCGUUUUCACGGUCGGUGAUGAGAGGACGCCGACCAACAUGCCGUACCGUGUGGACUCGAGGAUAACAGAGAAGACGCUGCUUGGUGGAGAUAAGAUGAGAAGCCUGGAGGAGUCUGUGAAGGAGGUUGCUCAGUGGUAUGUUCAGCUAACCGCGAAGGAGACUUUAUAG